GCUCGCGCUAGUGCGUCCUCUCCUCUACCAUGCACUUGCCUGAUGCGAUGCACCGCACUAGGAGCGGCGGCGGUUGGGGAUCGCGGCAUCCUCCAUCCACCGCUUCUCUCCUCCCGAUCCGUUCCCCAGCGCAACAGCCGCAAAAAGGCGGCGGGCGGGGAUCCCCUUCCUUCCACCACCGCUCCCACCCACCAGUCCACCAGAGCCAAGCGCAGCGCAGGGGACGGGAGCGCACCCGGACCCAGCAGCGGCGGGUGCGCAGCGGCACGGCGCCUGACCCCGACGCCCCCGCACACCGCACCACCAGUCCACCACGCCGCCGAAGCGAGCGAGGAAGAGGAGCGCCUCGGCUCCUCCUCGGCGGGGGCGGGGCGGCAAUGGCGUCCGGCGUGUCGUCGAGCAUGGCGCUCGCGCUCGCGGGGUUCUGCUGCAGCGUCCUCCUCAUCGCCUUCGUCUGCUCCCGCCUCGCCUACGCGCUGCUCCGCCGACGCCGACGACGACGGGCGCGCUCCCGCCGCGCCCCACCGCUCCCGCAGUACGCCGCCCCGCACUACUACUCCUUCGACGCCGCCCGGCACCCCGCGGGACCCGGCGGCGGCGGGGGCCUCGAUCCCGCCGCGGUCGCCGCCUUCCCCACCCGCGCCUUCGCCGCCGCCGGUGGUGAUGGCCCGCGCGGCUCCGACUGCUCCUCCGACGCCGAUUCCCAGUGCAUCAUCUGUCUUGCAGAAUACGAAGAGAAAGAUGUGCUACGCAUUCUUCCCUACUGCGGCCAUGAUUUCCACAUGGCCUGUAUAGAUUUGUGGCUGGAGCAGAACUCAACCUGCCCGGUCUGUAGAAUCUCAUUGCUUGAUAACCCUGAUAGCGAACACACCGCACCUCCUCCACUACCCAGCGUAGCUACAAGCCCUCCAAGCUCCCCUGAAUCAACAAGAUCGGAUCCGUGUCGCUGCCUGUUUGCCAGCACAGGACAUUCAUCCAGGUCAUCGGAGGCUCCUAGAGAUGAGCCCGACCAGGAGAAUCAGGUGGCGUCUGCCCCAUCGGUGAAUGGGGCUAGCAACAUGCCACUGUCUGAAGUUGACCCCGUGCCUGAAAAUAACAGCCAAACAGUAAGGAAGCAGGUGGACAGAUCUACCCAGCUAGGGCCCUGCAAAUAGCAGCUGCUUGCUUUGGCGUCUCUGUUCUGCACAGAACUGCAGGGAAGUUCCUGUCAUCCUGUGAAAUGUGAAACAUCUGCACUGGUGGAUGCCUGCUGUAGGUUAGUUUUGAGGGGUUUGUUGUAAAUAUGAGAAAUCAUUCAGGUUUCUUGCUGGAGGGAAAAAACAAAAAGAGAGCCCUUUUUUUUCCAAUCGUACUCAAAACAGCUAGCUGCAUCCAAAGUCUUCUCACAUUUUGUGGUAGCCCUAGCCCACAGAGAGAUGAUUGUUACAGCAGAAGUACAUUUGCUGUAAGCUUCUACCUGCUGUACUGCCGUUGGCACGAGCAAAUAGGAUGAAGUGAAUCUUGAUUAGUCCCAUGUGAUGAUAGCAUACAACACUGAGACUGUUUCUGUACUGGAGAAUAAACUGACAAAAGCAUUUGACACGAGCACGCUUGUCUGAGGAUUCAGGAGAUUAGCUGCUGAUGCAGCCGUCUCGCUCAGGUACGCAUGUAAAAAUUCUUCCGAACGAUCCAGCCCACUGGGGGGUAAGAGCUUCACAGUGAUGGAGGCGCCCCAGCGCACUUAAAUCGGGCAGGGCAGCAUCAUGGCGCCAUGAUCCACCAGCUGCAAAGCCACUGGAAGCGGAGGGAGGCCGGGAGAGCUUUGAGCUUUUUGGUUUUGGAGUGCGCCAUGGGGUGAUGGGGGGGAGGUUGAAGCACCUCACCUGUGUGCCCGGUGAAGUUCAGGGAGGGCGUCGUGGUGGAGGACGUGCUCGAAGGGCGUGACCGACCUGGGUCACCUUGUCUUCCCGCCGAGAUAUAAUGGACAUGAUCAAAUCCUUCGAGUGCAGUAGAAGCCUGGAUGUGUUUAAGCAAGCUUUUGGGUCAGUCAUUCAGGAACCUGCCCGGCUUCUUCAGAGAUGCUGACGCACGUCUUCUCGCUCACCUUCGCCUCCGCCGCCGACCUCACCGGCAGCUGCAUGGGCCACGGCCGCGUUCGCCGCCCCGUUCGUGGCCGCACUCGAGAAGGUGGUCGUCAUCGCCAAGCCACCGCCUCCGGCGGCAUGAGCCUCUGUCGGCCAUUGUACGGUGCCUUUUCAGGAAGCAGAUCCAGGUCGAUGUACUACGUGCGUCCGUGCUAAGGCUCCUUAUUGCUGCUUGUUCUGCUAUACGUCCCUCCCGGCUACAAUCAUAUGUAAUUUUGGUGAUCUUUCUGGUAGCAGCUGCCUGUACAAUCACAUGUAAUUUCUCUCUCUUUUCGGCGUUUAUGGUGAAUUGAUGGAUCCCUAAUCGAGCUUUAUUACUGUC